AUGAUGAUGGGAACUAAACUUGUUACUUUACUUUUCAUCCUAAUUCUCACUCUAAUCUCCGUUCCCUUCUCAGCCGCAUUUCACGUCGGAGUAAACUACGGCACAGUGGCCAACAACCUCCCACCGCCUCACCAAGUCGCCAACUUCCUCAAAACAAAAACAAACAUCAACCACGUCAAAAUCUUCGACGCAAACCCCGAAAUCCUCGCCGCGUUUUCCGGCACCACCGGAAUCUCCCUCACCGUCACCGUCCCGAACUCCGACAUCCCUUCCCUCUCCAAACUUCCAAAAGCACGUUCAUGGCUCUCCAACAGCAUCCUCCCUUUCCUCCCGGAAACCUCAAUCCGUUACAUCGCCGUCGGAAACGAAGUCAUCGCCACAUCCAACAAAACCCUCAUCGGUCAUCUCCUUCCCGCCAUGGAGUCGCUUGCGUCAGCGUUACACCUCGCUAACGUCACGGGAAUCUCCGUCUCGACGCCUCACUCGCUCGGCAUCCUCUCUGGCUCCUCCGAGCCACCAAGCUCCGGGAAGUUCCGUGAAGGCUACGACAAAGCCAUCUUCGCACCGAUGCUUAACUUCCACAACCGCACGAAAUCUCCCUUCAUGGUUAACCCGUACCCGUAUUUCGGUUUCGGACCCGAAACGCUAAACUACGCACUGUUCAACUCAAUCGACGUCGUUGUGGUCGAUCCGGUUACAAAGCUGAAUUAUACCAACAUGUUCGACGCUCAGGUUGAUGCGGUUUACUCCGCGAUGAAACGACUCGGGUACGGUGACGUGGACAUUGUAGUGGCCGAGACCGGUUGGCCAUCAGCUGGUGAAACAAACCAAACCGGCGUCGGUUUAGAAUAUGCUGCUGCUUACAACGGAAACCUCGUAAAGCAUGUGAAUUCCGGUAAGGGCACUCCAUUGAUGCCAAACCGGGUUUUCGAGACUUACAUUUUCUCUUUAUUCAACGAGAAUCUCAAACCUUCGGUUUCUGAGCAAAAUUACGGUUUGUUUAAACCGGAUUUUACUCCGGUUUACGAUGUCGGUAUAAUGAAAACUGAUCAGGUACGCUUAUAUUAG